CAAAACAAGGGAGAAAACCUGGAAAGAGAAGAGAAGAAACCCUUUGUUUCGCGGCGUGAGCGUUGCAAAGGUUGAAGCUUUUCAUCUGAGAGAAGAGAAGAGAAGAGAAGAUGGUUCUAUCAAACAAGAAGCUGAAGCAGAAGCUUAGAGCUGCAUUGGCCAAACAGCAAAGCAACUCUGAUGUAGUUGGUGUUGAUGCCCCUUCUUCUUCUUCUCCUUCUUCUCAUUCUCUCAAAACUCUUCUUGACUCUUCUGCCCACAAGCCCGUAUUAUCCAAGAGAGAGAAACGCCGAAAGCUUCGAUCUUUGGAACACCCUCCAGCUGAGGCUUCUCCAAAAGCUGCCCAUGAAGUUGAAGGAAGCAACAAGGAAAAUGGCUCAGAGGGUUUGGGCAGUAAGAAGAAGAAUAAGAAGAGGAAGGUAAAGGAUGAUGCUGAUGUUGCAACUGAAGCUCCCAAUGAUGCUGAGAAAUCGACGAACAAGAAGAAGAAGAAGAAGCAGAAGCAGCAGAAGAAGAAAAAGAAGACCAAAACGGUGGAGCAAAACAAUUCCAAUCAUGAAGGGGAAGUGCCACAAGCUACAGUGUUGAAUGAGAGUAGUAAUAAUACUAAUGCUAAUAGCAGUCAAGAUGGUUGUGAUGAUCCUACAAAGGUUUAUGUGGGGGGAAUUCCCUAUUACUCAACCGAGGAUGAUAUUCGAAGUUAUUUUGAGAGCUGUGGCACCAUAACUGAAGUUGAUUGCAUGUGUUUUCCUGAGAGUGGCAAGUUUAGAGGGAUUGCCAUUAUUAGUUUUAAGACAGAAGCAGCAGCAAAACGUGCAUUGGCUCUUGAUGGAGCUGACAUGGGAGGACUCUUUCUUAAAAUCCAGCCAUACAAAGCAACUCGAGUCAAUAAAAUAUCAGAUUUUGCUCCAAAGAUCAUGGAAGGAUACAAUAGAACAUAUGUUGGGAAUUUGUCAUGGGAUAUAACCGAGGAAGAACUCAGAAAAUUCUUCUCGAAUUGCAACAUAGCUUCGCUGCGAUUUGGUAUGGACAAGGAUACUGGAGAAUUUCGAGGGUAUGCGCAUGUGGAUUUCAGUGAUAGUCAGUCACUAAAAACAGCUCUUACAAUGGACCAAAAGUUUUUGUCCGGGAGACCUGUCAGGAUAAGUUGCGCAGUUCCUUUGAAGAAGAAACCAACAACGCAUACAACCGCUGUGACUACAACUACAACUACAAGUAAUGGGGUUGAUGGCAAGAAAUCAACUUCCACUGUUUCCGCUGUAAGUGGCAAGAUAAAGAGGAGGACAUGCUAUGAGUGUGGCGAAAAAGGACAUCUUUCAUCAGACUGCCCAAAGAAACAAACUACGGAUCCAGCUUCAACCUGAAGGAUGCUGUAAACCCGACAUGUAGUUCUUCUUUACUUGUUUCUUCUAGUGAACAGUUUGGUUGCUUUUGUUGUUCUUUAUAAUUUUUUUAUUUUUAAUCUAAAAGAAAUAUAGGGCAGCUCUAUAAUUAAACAAGUUAGCAGUUUCCUCCAUUGGGCAUCAAUUUUUUCCCUCUAAAAUGAGAAAGCUCUUUGUCUUUCAUAUGAACAGCCAAAAGAAUGUGAAAAAUAGCAAAGAAGUUCCGAAAUCAUUAGUGAAGAAUGUCCUUUGAUGUGGUAGCAGAUAGUAGUAGAGUAGUAAUAAUAGUGGUAUGUGAUUUUCUUAAGAAUCAGGC